GAAAAUGGCCCGACAGAAGCAAAAAGAAUAAAGACAGAUGAAGAACUGAUGUUAGGAAAAAAUGAGGGUGACCCCCUUUUCAUGUGGCGACCAAUAUUUCAUGAUGCUGUGUUGCCAUGACAACAUGAAUCAGACAUCCUCCACUGGAGCGUAGCGAGAAUGGAGUUUACAUACCACAAGCUGAACAGAUUGGGUCUAUUCUGGAAGGACCAGGGGCCAAACGGGACCAAAAACCCUUUGUUCUUCCCAAACUCUCAUCCUCCCAACAUGAACUGGUACAGAAAGCAAAGAAAUAUGCCUUUGAACAGAGCAUCAAAAGUGUCUUAGUUAAACAGACAAUCGCCCAUCAACAACAGCAAAUGCAGAAUUUCCAAACAACUGUCCAAAGACAGCAGGCUCUGGCUUUGAUGUGUCGGAUCUAUGUGGGCAGUAUUAAUUUUGAGAUAAAGGAAGACACCAUCAAGCAAGCCUUCAUUCCUUUUGGUCCAAUAAAAAGUGUAAACCUUUCAUGGGACCCUGUCACCAACAAACAUAAGGGCUUUGCCUUCAUCGAAUACGAAAUUCCAGAGGCAGCCCAAUUAGCCUUGGAACAAAUGAACAGUGUCAUGAUUGGAGGGAGAAAUAUCAAGGUGGGUAGACCCAGUAACAUGCCUCAAGCUCAACCAAUCAUUGAACAGCUGGCACAGGAGGCCAAAAACCACAACAGAAUAUACAUAGCCUCAAUACAUCAUGACCUCACUGAGAAUGAUAUCCAAAGUGUCUUUGAGGCCUUUGGAAAGAUCGUCAAUUGUAAACUGGCCACAGAAACUGGAAAGCCAGGCAAACACAAGGGGUAUGGUUUUAUAGAGUUUGACUCUCAACAAGCUGCACAGGAUGCUGUAACAUCUAUGAACUUGUUUGACUUGGGAGGGCAGUAUCUAAGAGUAGGAAAGGCCAUCACACCUCCUGAUGCACUACAGCCGAUGGCCGGUCCAGGGACACUCCCCACAGCUGCUGCAGUGGCUGCCGCGGCUGUUACAGCUAAAAUUACAGCACUCGAUGCUCAAGAACAAAUUAAGAGUCUGGCUCCCCCAGGAAUUGCCAAGCCUCUCAGUUUAGCAGACAGUCCCGCUCUUUCUAGCUCCCCUGUCCCCCCACCAGGUGUUGUAGCCCCAGUCCCGGUACCCCCUGUAUCUGUUGUUGUCCCACAGCUAGGGUCAGUGGGCAUUGUGACUCCAACCAGUCUUGGAAUGGUGAUGCCUCCUAAUGUAGAGGGGGUUCCUGGAAUUGUCCCUCCUUCAGUUGUGGCUCCAACAGCUUUAGGUUCUGCACCUGUACCUGUGCCAACAUCAAUACCAGUUUCAAUCCCAGCCAUGAUCCCUCUGCCACCCCAGGAUAAAGAAAAAGACAUGAAGAAGGAGGAAGAAGAGAAGAAGAAAAAGAAGGCUGAAGAGGAUGCAGCACAAACAUUGGACCAACAAGAGAACAUGAAAAUCAGUGGCACCAAUGCUCGACACAUGGUUAUGCAGAAACUGAUGAGGAAAACAGAGUGUAAGGUGAUGGUCUUGAGAAACAUGGUUGGACCUGAGGACCUGGACAGUGAACUGGAAAAUGAGGUCACAGAUGAGUGUGGAAAAUACGGAAAUGUAAAUCGGGUCAUCAUCUACCAGGAGAAACAGAGUGAGGAAGAAGAUGCUGAGAUUAUCGUUAAAAUAUUUGUUGAAUUCACCGCUCAGUCAGAAGUGGAAAAGGCUUGUGCAGCUCUUAAUGGCAGAUACUUUGCAGGUAGAAUCGUCACAGCAGAAAAAUAUGAUGAGGACAUGUUUAAUGCAAAUGAUUUAUCUGGAUGAAGAAAGUGAUUGUUCUGAAAAUCUUGUGUUUGUGUACAUGAUCAUCCACUCAAGUAGACAUUGAACCCUGCCAAGGCUGGGGUAUUGUUGUAAAACAUUGAGAUAAUGAUUCACUGUCUAGUGCUGCUGGUUAAUCCCCAUCUUGUACCAGGUAUCCUAAUGUUCAUAAUGAUGUCAUGUUUUAUCAUUGUCUUUUGACUCUUCGAAGUGGGCAUAUCUAUUAGAGAUUGACUGUUACAUCCAAGAUGUAUGCUGUUUGUGUUGGCCCAUAGAGAAGAAGAACAUUGAUUCUGUUCUAAAAUAAUAAAGAUAGCAAUAUUG